CAAACACGAGAGAGCGUCCCAAACAUCCACUAACCUAACGGAUCACACAACAAACAGUGCCAGUACAAUGACAUCUCUUUCGUUGCGUCAAAGAAGAACCAAAAUUUUGACUGCCGUGGAUAUUAAUUGUUUUCGUCCUUUUCUCCAUUGAUACAAUCGAUCUUCUUCUUCUUCUUUCUCUCUCUACAGUUCUCUCUCUCCACUGUAAAAGAAUCGGAUCGAUUCGAUGUGGUCGGUAGGUGCUUUAACCUUAGCUCGGAUGACACCGACCUUCUUCGUAUUCGAAGCAACAGACAUCCAAUUCGGAACGCUCUGGUGGUUCGUCUACAUAGGUAUUUCGUGUUUUCUCGUUCUCUUCGCAGGGAUAAUGUCAGGUCUCACCUUGGGCUUGAUGUCCCUCGGACUUGUUGAACUCGAGAUCCUUCAAAGAAGCGGCACAUCCGCUGAAAAGAAACAAGCAGCUGCUAUCCUACCAGUUGUUCAAAAGCAACACCAACUUCUUGUGACUUUGCUUCUUUGUAAUGCAUGUGCCAUGGAGGCUCUUCCUAUAUACCUGGAUAAAAUUUUUCAUCCCUUUGUUGCUGUUGUACUAUCUGUAACUUUUGUUCUAGCUUUCGGAGAGAUCAUUCCGCAAGCUAUAUGUACAAGAUAUGGACUCUCUGUGGGAGCAAAUUUUGUGUUUCUUGUGCGCAUUCUGAUGAUCAUUUGCUAUCCUAUUGCUUACCCUAUUGCAAAGGUUCUAGAUGCUGUACUGGGGCACAAUGAUGCCUUGUUUAGACGGGCUCAGUUGAAAGCCCUUGUCUCUAUUCAUGGUCAAGAGGCUGGUAAAGGAGGUGAACUCACGCAUGAUGAGACUACCAUAAUAAGUGGAGCACUCGACUUAACUGAAAAGACUGCAGAGGAGGCUAUGACACCUAUUGAAUCAACAUUUUCCUUGGAUGUCAAUUCAAAAUUAGACUGGGAAGCAAUUGGGAAAAUUCUUGCACGAGGUCAUAGUCGUGUUCCCGUGUAUUCUGGGAAUCCAAAAAACAUUAUUGGACUCUUACUGGUGAAAAGUCUGCUCACAGUCCGGGCAGAAACAGAGACUCCAGUUAGUGCUGUUUCCAUCCGGAGAAUUCCUAGGGUUCCAGCAGAUAUGCCUUUAUAUGAUAUCCUUAACGAGUUUCAGAAAGGAAGCAGUCAUAUGGCAGCUGUAGUUAAGGUUAAAGGAAAAGACAAGAAUCCUCAGCCUAAUGGUGAUGGAGAAAAUUUUGAAGAAAAUAAAGUUACCAGUGGAAAUUCCCAAUUAACCACCCCAUUGCUAUCCAAGCACGAUGAGAAAGCCAAUAGUAUAGUCAUCAAUGUUGAGAAAGCUUCUACACUCACUACUACAAACAACCAAAGUUUCUUUCAGCAAAAUGGUUCUGCAAUUACCAGUUUGACCCAUUUGUCAGAGGAUAUUGAAGAUGGAGAAGUCAUUGGCAUAAUCACCUUGGAGGAUGUUUUUGAAGAACUUCUGCAAGAAGAAAUUGUAGAUGAGACAGAUGUGUAUGUUGAUGUACAUAAAAGGAUACGUGUAGCUGCUGCUGCUGCUGCUUCAUCUGUUGCCAGGGCCCCUUCAAGUCGGAGGUUAACUGGUCAAAAGUCCACAGGAGGUCAAAGUAAACAUGGACCAAAUCCAAAGAAGUCUGCAGAGGAUGAUUCAAGUUCAAUGAGGUUACCAAGGAAUUCAGGGGAGCCUUUUCAAGGCAACAAGAAAUGAUUUCGUGGUUCCAAUGGCCAAGGUAGCUGUAAAGCCGUGCUUGUUUGUCUCACCAACCAGCUCUUGUAGUUUCUUUAAAUAUUAGCAACUGGUUUUGUUCAAAUCCACGCUGUUAGAUUCUAGUGAGUGUACAUGUUUAUCCUUAAUUUCGUUUUGACCAUCGAUUUUGUUAAUUUUAUUGCCUGGGAUCAAGAUGGGAUUGUUUAUGUAUUACAAAAGCCACUUUGUAAAAUUUUGUUGGGAAAUGAAAAUAAUUAUGAUGAUGAUCAGGUGAA